AUGAGACGGGCUGGACUGCAAUUUUGGCAUCCCUUGGGUCUCAUCAGUGCCCUCAACAAGAAGCAGCGUAUAUUUUUUAAAGCAUAUUACCGUGACUACCGGGCUUCAUGCAUUAGUCGAGAUCCACUGGAUUCGUUAUUGUGUGAAGAAGAGGAACAGGAAGAAGGUAAAUCAUUUUCUACUAGAUCAUGCGAGUUUCAUCUACUCCCACCAUCUUUCGCCUCCUGGCUAUCUCGCCAAGGCCUUCGGCCAUUCAGGGCCCUGGUAUCCUAUCUGAUGACCUGUUUGCAUCAACAAGAGCAAUUCUUGGUUCAUGGCCCUCCUACAUCUCUCGGGCUGGAUGAUACUCACUCGCUUAAUGUCAAUCAACAUAAAAAGUAUCACUACUCUGGCCAAACUCAUGGCCAUCUGCAGUCUCAACACUCUCAUCUCGCUUCUUCCGGCCUCCUUGGAGUAUCAUCAAAUUCACCCCUUGAUUUAUCCAUCCAGACUGGGCAACUUACCCAGCCACCCAUUAGCAACAAUCAAAAACAUCAGCAUCACUUUCCUUUUUCUCGGAUGUUCAGCCAACCGAUUGACGCUGGGGGUCCUGAGGUAGGGAGUACUGGUCUGCUCCAGCGAAUGGCUUUACUUGGUACUCAAUCUGCUGCUACAUCGCGAUCUCGUUCAAGCAAAGCCGUCUCUGCCUCCGUUUCUGGUUCGAAUGGCCAUCUGGGAUUGGUUUCUGGUCCGCAUGCAUCAUCUUCAUCGCCUUCAAGUUUACCGCAUACUCGCCUUGUGAUGCCUACUGCUGGAGUCCUCCGCAUUGAACUGAUUCGUGAUUGUACAGAAGGCUUGUUAUCCUCUUCCAUGGCCAGCUGCCACGGGCCACAGAUGACUUCUAAUUCUACAUCAUCCUCGAUCUCGAGCUGCCACACCUCAUCCUUCCUUGGACGCAACAGCCGACGCUCUAGUGGCCUGGGUUCUGUUUCCGAGUUCGCCCCUGGUACAUCAUCUGGUUCAGCUUCUUCGGCGGGCCUCGGCUCUUCUUCAACCAACCCGAGUUCUAAAUCAGGUUCUGUUGGUUUGGGCUAUUGGAGUUCCAUUCCGACUUCUCUUCCACUUCGUAUUUCAAGCCUAACAAAUGUGCAGUGCCUCGAGAGGAUUCUCGCUCAACGUAACUACAUACAUUCGCUAAUGGACAACUAUAGUCCUCUCUCCUAUGAGCCUCUCCAUCAAGCAUCUAGUGCUUUAGCUGGAGGAACCUAUUCUACACCGACCUAUUACGAGGAUCCCCUUGAGUUUGAUCUCUGUGAUCUAUCUGCCACAGUUCAGCCUACUUCAAAUUACGCCAGCUCAGAUAGCUUCAAUAACGAUGGUGAUGGGGAUGAAGAUGAUGAACUUGAGGUUGACGAUCGGGAAAGAGAAGAUUUGGAGCAACAUAGAAUCCUUGUUCAGGAUAAAAGUGGCAAAACCGUCACUGCUAAAUUCUCUGAUCCUGACGUGGAGGGGAUCGGUGAUGAGGCAUCUCAGUUUAUGGUCCAUUCUUACGACGGCUUUGUUCCUCAGGAUGACUCUGGAAUGCCUCUGUUUGAAAUGCCCCACUUAGGUGGUGGUGUGAUCAGCUCCAUCAGUCGAGCGACACUCAGCUUGCGUCGUAGCGGCGGCAGUGCUGUUAGCAGCUUUCGCAAGUCUGACUUUGAUUCGAAACGCAAUUCUCCACACAGUGCUUCAAGCGUCACUGCUUCAUCAGGCUCUAGCCAUCAUCAUUACCGACAAUCUAUGUUCGGGCGGUCUCGUCGUUUGAGUUCACGUCAGGCAGCUACUCAACGGACGGUUGGCCAUCAUGGUCGACAUUCAGAUAGCAGCAUUGCCACCCACACUGAUCGUAUACAUACUAUCGGAUUAAGCGACAACGAUGAUUAUGAAGAGGAUGUAAAUGAUACUGUUGACCAACCUGCUUGUGAUGAUGAUAACGAUGACGCGGAUUCUUUGAUUGGUGUUGAUGCCAUGAUUUCUGGUCAGAAGUAUAAUUCUUCGCGUCACUUAGGUGAUCCCCUUGUGACCUCUUCGGCUUCAACGCUCUCGGUUGCUUCCUCACGUUGUACCGGAGGUACGGCCUUUUCCCUAGAUCAUUCAGACUUGACAGGCACCAUGGAUUCAUUGUCCACAUUGAUCGGGCUCGAAGAUUCGGUAGAGUCGCCUGGAAGGCACUCAGUUGACAAAGAUGCUGAAACAGGUCUCAUAACCACAUCUUCUUGUGGUAGAAGCACCUAUCUUCAACAAGAGCAGGUCUUGGAAUCAAAAUCUGUCAGUGAAACAGGCCUAUUUCAAUCAUGCAGUAGCAGCUUCGCAAAUAAUACUAACACAGAACACGAAGAAGAGCAGAAUGAAGUUAUGAAAGUUAUCCAAGGCCAACUCUCGCAGGAAAAUGAAAUCGAAACUCCAGAUAUACCUGCUUAUAAUAAAACUGAAGGUAGCGCUGAAGACAAGGACGAAGAUCCGGCUACUCCGGUAGCUAUUUGGCAUCGGAAGCAGGUUUCUCAAGGUCGGAGAUUCGUAUUUACCAGAGCAGCAGGUGGAACUUCUUCGGCUUUUUCUUCGCCCAUGCACCAGUCAGUUUGUGUUAGCUCCGGCAACGCCAAUUACCAUGGCCAAGUAACCACUGGAGUCACAGCUAAUGCAUUAGCAGGGUUAAAUGAAAACAGCAUAAGCAAUGCUGAAGGCAGAAGUGGUAGCCACAACCUCAAUGGUGGCUCUGGUGGAAAUAUGCUUCAACGUAGCCUUCGUGGCUUCUUACAACGUAGGUCAGCACAUUUAGUUUCUCCUCUUUCGUCUACCCCAGGAGCGGUAUCUGGUAUAAUCGAAACAAACGAAAUGACAUCUAGUGCCAGUGUAUCCCGUGGCUCUGGUAGGACUGAUGCAAUGGUUCUGGGAGUCCCUUCUGCUGGGAGUAGUGGUUUCUAUUCGGCUGCAUCAUCUUCGGUCUCUUCGUCUUCUGGCGGAGUCGGAGAAGUUUGCCACCAGGGUCAGCCAAAAAAGCAAAAUCAUCGACAACUACGCCGACGUGCUUCUGCUGUUAUCAACACCAAUGAAACGGAUAGCACCAGUCCAGGAUUUUCUAAUUCCCUUGUAGCAUCGACGGGCUUGGCGACACGUUCGUCUCGUCGCCGCGGCCCCGUUUCUGUAGUAUCGUCCCUCUCUCUUAUCGGCAGUUGUUCACCUGCCGCUUGCACUACAGUCCCAUCUACUGCUGCUACCGCAACUACGGGCAAGUCACAAGCUAAACUUCAUCAACAGCAGGUUGCGGCGAUGACAACUCGUAAUUCUGAGUCAACAAACACAGGCCCCUCGGCCUUUACUGGCUCUACCAGACAACGCCGUUCUAAAGGCUCUUCACUUUUAGCCGCUUUUGGGGCCAUUGCAACUGGAACUAGUUUAUCCAAUGCCUCAGUCUCGGGCUCCUCAUCCGUUGUUAACCAAACAAGUGACUCUCAAGUAGCAUCCAGCAGUCAGACCGGCUCUUCAGUGCUGAGGGUAGGUCGGUUGUCGUCCUCGCUGGUUCAAGCAGUCUCAGCAUCGACUGGGUUGAUGCCUUCAGAAGUUACUGGCUCUCGUGCUGCGCAGUCAAAUCGCAACCGCGGUCAGCAUGGGAAUUAUAAUCACCACAGCUCACAUCAGCACCAGCACCAAACACUUCAUUACCCACACCAGCAUCAGCAGCAGCAGGAUCAGCCCAUGAACACUGGUUCAUCUGCCAUGGCACAGUCGCAAAUGCGCUUAUCUCCUGUAUUCUAUCUGGGAGGACAUCGAUUGCCGCCUGACUUGCCACUUUUCGCAGCUAUUAAACAGUUUAGCCCAGUCCUGACUCAGCAUCUGGCCGAAAAUCGACUGUCUGAGAUGCGUGACAGAACGCAGAAACGCUCAAGUGAGAAAGCAGAAGCAAAGUAUAUAGAGGCUGAUGUAGAAGGAGAAGCUGAUAAUGAUAAUUUGGAAGAUGAGGGUUGCGAGAUGAUAGAUCAACUGAAAGAAAACCAGGUUUGA